AUGUCGAAGGCUGGAGACAAGAAAGCAAAGACUUCUAAAGUAGCAAGGGAAGCUUCUCUGGAUCCUCUGGCACAGAAGCUCCAACAACAAAGAAUUGCUGACGAGGGCGAUCCUAAAUCUAGUGAAGAACUAUUUACAGAGAGUGAGAAGUCCCUUGACAACUUAAUUCCCAUGUCUGAAACUGACUUCUUAGAAUAUGCUAACCUCAUUUCUCAAAAAUUGCACCAAUAUGAGGGAGUGCACUUGCGUGUUGUGGGAGUAUGUGAUAUUAAAUCAUUACUUGUUGUAUCAGAUGUGCUCACAACGGAGUUGGAUAAUACCUCUCUGACAGAAGUUUGCCAGGUCAAGUUGAAAGGCUCUUCUCUACUGACACUUGGUAAUUCAGGUCAAUGCAAGGUAUUUUCAAACCCUGAAGCUAUGGGAAAAAUCAUCGAUGUUGCAACUCUUCUGGGUAGAUCUAUAGGUUUGUACACAUUUGAGCUGUAA